AUGGCGACAGCAGACGCCCACCCACAGAGCGGCCUCGGCAAUGACGCCGACCAGCGGGUUGACCGCCGCGCAGCCUCACCUGGCCCGACCCAGUCACAGUCAAAGCGCGACAAGAAGCGCCAGCUCCUGACCGACCGCCUGGCCGCUCUCUCCGAAAAGUUCAACCGCGAUCGCGACAUGACCUACCGCGAGCAGCUGCAAAAGAUCCAGAUCGACACGAACCUGGUCAUGCGGCUCGACCCCUAUGCCGACCGGCCGCUCGACUUCCUUGGCAAGGACCGCAACAGCCGCGAGCGGGACUACAACAGAGACCCUGACCCCGAGGGUCGUGGCGGCGGUCGUGGCUUGCUCGAGAUGGCCGGUCCGACCUUUCAGCAGUGGAUCCAAGAGAUUGAAGAUCUCGUCGAAGAGCGUGACGCCGAGUUGACGAAACAAAAAUUUGAGUACGAAAAGAAGGCGCAGGAGCACAAGAACACCUAUGCCUUCAAGACCGACACGGCCAACCGCGAGCACCGCCAACUGUCCGCGACGCUCCGGGAGCGUCUGUCGAAUGCGAUUACCGCGAAGAAGGUCCGCCUGACCAAAGAAAAAGAAGCCCUCGAGAUCUCCGACGCCUCGGCCCUCCUCCUCCACCCGAACCAGUUCUCGAUUGCCAACCCCUCCAGCCCCGGCGGCACUCACAGCAAGCGCACCACGCGCCUGCGGCAGACCGCCGACGAUUUGUCGGGCAUCAGUGAUACGCGGAAACGGAAGCGGAACGGCGCCGACGACGAUGGCUCGCCCGCACCACAGCGCCGCGCCGAUAACAACGGCACGACGCCCUUCUGGCAAGGCGAUCGUCUGGCGUACCGCAAGGUCACGGGCCCGGUGUACAGCAUCGACAAGCUCUUUACCGACAAGGAGCUGGCCAUGACGUACAAUGCUGCCGCGCUCGCGUCACACAAGUACCUGCUGUCGCACCGCACGAAGCUGAACAGCAACGGCGAAAUCAUUUCGUCGGCGUCGGACACAGAGUCGGGCGACCACGACGACGACGACCGCGACGCCACACCCGCGGCCGCCAGUAUGGAGCGCGUGCCGUCGCAUGCCACGCGUAGCACGCGUGGCGGCAACCACCAGAACCAGCAGGCGGCCAACUUCGUGGACGACCGGCUGGUGGGUCUCGAGGCGCUGAACAACUUUGAGAUGCCAAGCAACCUCGAGAAGCUGGUGGUCAACGAGCCCAAGAUGCCGCCCAUGUUUAUGAGCAACUACGCCAAGCCGCACUCUAAGAUCGAUGCGAACACGCCGACGACGCUUUCCGGCGACGACGUCAGCUCCGACCUCUCGGUUAUCAAGCUGCUGCGCCAGUACGAGCGCGUGCACGGUGCCGGAUCCAAUUUUGACAAUGCCAAUGGCGGCCGCAAGGUGCUCGAGGCCACGGCCUUUUCGCCUCACGACAGCCGCUACGUGGCAUACCUGCGGCACGAGCGCGACGACCCGGACGACCUGCGCAAGGACUUGCGCCUGCCGACGAGCGCAGCGCGCGACGAGCCGGUCACGCCGGGCCACCAUAACGAGCGUGGCAGCGGCGGCGGGGCUACCCUCUCAGCAGCGGCGGCCGUGUCCAGCGCGGCCUUGCACGCCCCGCCCAUGAGCCGGCAGAGCAGCCAGGGCGGCGCGGCUAUGAGCCGGCAAGGCAGCAAUACUCGGGCGCAGCGGAAACGGAACCAAUAG